AUGUGCAAUAGCAGCGGCAAUACUGUUAGUGUUGGUAAUAGUCUGGCAAUGAAAAAACCUAAGUCACAGCAGUCUGUUAAGUACUCUUUCGAUAAGAAUGGCGUUCAACAUCCUGCUUCAGCUGUUGAUCUCAAGAACAACGGGGGAAAAGAUGUGAGAAAGACUCUCGUUGAUCAUCUCUUCCAAGCUCUCUCCGCAGCCGGAUUGAAUGUGUUUCUAGACACCCACAAGUUGAAAAUGGGGGAAAUCAUUGAUUUAAGCCUUGAAAGAGCAAUUGAGAGCAGUGCCAUACGCAUUCCUAUAUUUUCAGAAGGAUAUGCAAGCUCAGCAUGGUGUCUCAAGGAGGCAGCCUUAAUGUUGGCCUCUCCUGGGUUGAUCAUUCCUCUCUUUUAUAAGGUGGAACCAACCCAUGUUAGAUAUCCACUGGGAGAUUCCAGUCCUUACAAGGAAUCAUUUGAAAAGCAUUAUAGAAUUCCAUUUCGGUAUUCAAGAAAAGAGAUCGAUGGGUGGAAGCAUGCCCUCGAGCAGAUUUGUUGUCGCUCAGGCUGGUCCCUGGAUAUGACUGGAGGGUAA